AAUCGGACAGUUUGACCCAAAUCUGUCAUUCAGACAGAAACACGCCGAGGAUCAAACGAGCCGAUCGGCCGGUUAACGUCUCCUUGUGACGUCAGCGAGGGCGGAGUCAGAAGCGUGACCGCUGUGAAACUCCAGGAGGAGUUUUUUGAAAACCCGCCGGUUUUCUGUCCCGGUUCUGUUCAGUUCUGAGCCACAGAAACCGGGACGGCCGAGGCUCGGUUCUAGCUGAGGCAGGUGAUCCUGCAGGGGACUGUCAUUAGGCCAUUAGACCUGGCUGGUUUGGGCCAAGGCGGUUCGGACAAGCAGCUGCUCCGGUCCCGGCACCGGCGACCGCGUUAUCAAAGGUCCCGCAUCAUGCUGGAGGGCUACAGUCCUGUGAUCCAGGCCCUGCUGGGGACCCUGUUCACGUGGGGGCUGACGGCGGCGGGGGCCGCGCUGGUCUUCAUCUUCUCCAGCAGACAGGGUGUAGGUGCUGACCCCCACACCGCCUUGGCUCUGCCCCCCAGCUCCAAGCUGUCCAAGGAGAAGGCGGAGGAGCCGUGGAUCCUGCAGGAUUCGGAGGAGAUGAGCGUCCGGAUAGGUAGAGCUGGAGCGCUCUCAGAUAAAAUAGAAAACGGAGGAGACGUCCACCAGAGGAGAAGAACGCCUCACUCCGGACCCCCAGAUGGUCAGGAAACAGGAAGUAAAGGAGAAGAAGGGGCGGGGCAGACAGGCCACAGGUGGAGGCGGAUCCUUCUCCUCAUCUUAGCCAUAACCAUCCACAACAUCCCAGAGGGCCUGGCGGUCGGCGUGGGGUUCGGAGCCGUCGGAAAGACUUCAUCUGCAACCUUUGAGAGUGCCAGAAACUUGGCCAUCGGUAUCGGUAUCCAGAACUUCCCAGAAGGCUUAGCGGUGAGCCUCCCUCUCCGGGGAUCGGGGGUUUCCACCUGGACGGCGUUUUGGUACGGACAGCUCAGUGGCAUGGUUGAGCCCGUGGCGGGGUUGCUGGGCGCCUUGGCCGUGGUCGUGGCGGAGCCACUUCUGCCGUACGCGCUGGCGUUCGCUGCCGGGGCUAUGGUCUACGUAGUCGUCGAUGACAUCAUUCCAGAGGCUCAAGUCAGUGGAAACGGGCGGUUGGCGUCCUGGACCGCCAUUCUGGGCUUCAUCGUCAUGAUGUCGCUGGAUGUGGGGCUGGGCUGAUGUUGCCAUGACAACGGCUGAUCUUUCAGCAUCUUGAGAGCAAACCAAAUGAAGUGAUUGACGAGUGAUUUGAGGGAGCGUGUGGAGCGCGGCGGUCCCAUGGCCACGCCUCGUUCUGGCGAGCAGAGACGUUUCCUGUAAUACUUGAAAUGAUUGUUUUAAGGGAAUUCAAGGGACUGAAAAAUGUUUCUUCUUUUAUUAACAUCAAUCAUUAUUCAUAUACAUCAAUCAUAUACAGGCCAAACUGAGGAGCUGCAUCUUUUUUAACUUUCACUCACUGCUUUUCUGAAAACGUUUGGAUAUUUAUGACAUUAAAAAUCUUCAAAUUGA